CAUUUUGGCAGAAAUUACGAUGUCGACCAGCCGCAAAUUAAAGAGUCAUGGCAUGAGGAGGGGCAAGAACCGAUCUCCCCACAAGGGGGUCAAGAGAGGUGGCAGCAAAAGAAAAUACCGGAAGGGCAGUCUGAAGAGUAGAAAACGGGGCGAUGAUGCCAAUCGCAAUUACCGCUCCCACUUGUGAUCCCACCAGCGGGCUCUGUCCUGGUGGAUGUCAAAUAGUGCCAGGCAACAGCGAGAAGACAGCAGAGGGGGACUGCCAAGGAGACCUGGAGUUCGAUCAAAGCCAGAGAAGAGCCUAUCGUGUGUGGGUAAAAUGCCAGUCGUGACGAAAUGAGGAAUGUAUAUGUUGGCUGUUUCUCCCCAACAUCUCAAUAAAAUUUUGAAA